AUGGCUUCAUAUUCUUCUUUCAUUGCUACCCAUGUCUUAAUUCUCUCACUACUCUACCUAUCUUCCUUAUUCAACAACAUGGCUGCCAAGCACAGCUACUCUGCCACGCGCCACCACCGUCACCCCCACCACUCCUCCACCCCGUCAAGCCCUCGACUCCACCAAGCUUAUAUCGCCCUCCAAGCAUGGAAGCGCGUGAUCUACUCUGACCCCAAGAACUUCACUUCCAAUUGGGUUGGGCCCUCCGUGUGCAGCUACACGGGCAUCUACUGUGCGCCAUUGCCACCUCAUAACAAAACCAUAGCCGUUGCUGCCAUUGACCUCAACCGUGCUGAUAUAGCCGGAUACCUCCCCGAUGAGCUCGGCCUCCUCACUGAUCUUGCAGUCCUCCAUCUCAACAGUAACCGCUUCUGUGGUAUCAUUCCACUCACCAUACAAAACCUCACACUCCUCUUUGAGCUUGACCUCAGUAAUAACAGAUUUGCAGGUCCUUUCCCUACUGUUGUACUCUGUCUUCCCUCCCUAAAAUAUCUUGAUAUCCGAUUCAAUGAGUUUGAAGGGCCAUUGCCAUCUCAACUAUUCAAUAAAAAUUUCGACGCCAUAUUUCUUAAUAGCAACCGCUUCACUUCUGUAAUUCCAUCAAAUUUAGGCUCAAGCUCGGCUUCAGUGGUGGUGUUUGCUAACAACAACUUUGGAGGGUGUUUACCGCCAAGUAUAGCCAACUUUGCCAAUACUUUGGAGGAGCUGUUAAUGAUCAAUACUAGCAUCUCAGGGUGUCUGCCACCUGAGGUGGGGUCUCUAUACAAACUGAGAGUACUAGAUGUGAGCUUCAACAAGAUAGUAGGUCCAAUACCUUAUAGCAUUGCAGGGUUAGCUCACUUGGAGCAGCUCAAUAUAGCUCAUAACAUGAUGAGUGGAAAUGUGCCCGUGGGGAUAUGUGUUCUUCCAAGUUUGGUGAACUUCACUCUCUCUUACAACUUUUUCUGUGAGGAAGAGGGGAUUUGCAGCAAUCUGACUUCCAAAGGGAUUGCGUCUGAUGAUCGUCGGAAUUGUUUGCCCGAAAAGCCUCUGCAGAGGAGCAAGAAGGAAUGUGAGGCUGUGUAUGAGCAUCCUGUUGAUUGCUACGAGGAUCACUGCAUGCGUUAAUAUAUAUGAUACUGCAUGAUGGGGCGUUGCCUAUGUCACCUUCAAGAAAAAUAAAGAUC